AUGAAAGAUUUCUACAGCAAACAAUUGCCACAGUCUACCAGAGAAGGUGACCUGGAUUCUGCACUUAACACGUUAGACGAAGUUUCUGCUACUAUCGCCAAAGCAACCGAAAAAACCUUGACAUCUUUGUUACUCAAAGCGUCGCAGAAAGGCGAUAUUAGCGAUAUCAAAAAACUUGUAAAAAGAGGAGCAGACAUAAAUGCAGAAGACGAAAACGGACAUUCGCCAUUGUACAUGCUUUCACAGAAGGGACAGUUAAACGCUGUGCAGUACCUAAUUGAAAAUGGGCUAGAUCUUAAUCGGAACCACUGUGCGCUACGAUCGAUAGUUGUUGCUUCUCAGAAUGGACACACUAACGUUACGAGAUAUUUAUUAAAAAUUUGGUCUUAUGUAAAUCUCGAAAAAACGAACGAACGGACGCCAUUAACGGCUGCAUCGCAGAAUGGUGACGUUGACAGCGUAAGAUCUCUGUUGCGGAUGGGAGCAUCUGUUAACGAAGAGACUAAUGAAGGGUGGACGCCAUUAAUGAGUGCGUCUCGAAGUGGCCAAAUCUGUGUGGUCAAGCACUUAGUAGACAACGGAGCAAAAUUCAGUUUAGAAAGCAACAACGAGAGGUCACCGUUAUGGAUCGCCUGUGAAAGCGGCCAAGUUGAGGUGGUAGAUUAUUUUGUGAAUAAGGGGGGCGACGUUAAUGAGAGGAACAAACGCAGGUGGACGCCAUUGAUGAUUGCGUCUAAAAAUGGUCACCUAAGCGUCGUGAAGUAUUUACUGCAGAAAGGGGCAAAAAUCGACGCAAAGACCGACAAUGGGAAAACGCCACUGUAUUUUGCUUCCGAUGGCGGCCAUGUUGACGUUGUACAGUGCUUGCUAGAAAGCGGUGCUGAUGUCAAUUCGAGAAGGGAAGAUGGAACUUCUUUUCAGUGGACACCACUGCUAGUUGCAUCACAGAGCGGCAACUUUGACGUUGUUCGUUGCCUGAUCGAUAGAAGUGCAGACGUUAAUGCAGAAAGUAGCGACGGGGUAAUUCUUUGUAAGAACAAUCCAAAAGUUUCAAGCAAAGUGCCAGUUCAAGACUUUUUUCUUUUGGAAUUUAAUCCGCAAAUCUAA